AUUCUUUCCUCAUUCGGUUUUUAAGUAACGCUCACCGCAGCGGAGAUGUGCAAUCUUUUAACGCGAUCCUCUCGCGUGAUUUCAUUAUCAUGUUCACACGUAAUCACGCAUAUUUAAACCUUCGUUUGGGCGCAAAGCCAUAAGGAAACGCCGUAAAUAAAUCUUCCCCUGGUGAUAUUCCGUUCCCGAACUAAUGACGCAACGAAAGCGAGAUAUUAAUGAUCUCGCAUUCGUGGCAAACAUGCGAUGCGAACACCGGAUCUCUCCGUACGGAGGCGGGCGGACGCGGCUAGGUGCAUAUCGACGUGAAAGAGAACUCGGCUCUCAAAGACAGAUAACGAGGUAGCGAGAAUAACGAUAUGCGCGAUGCGCCGAGCGUGCAACUUCCUAAUGCGGCCGUUUCGCCGUCGGCGGAAAAACAUCUUUGAUUAUUCGCGUUCUUUGAUUAUAAGCGCGGGCUCAAGUGCUAAUGGGCCGCACGAUAAUCAUUCGGACGCGGCUAAGAACCGGCCGGCAGGCCCCAGACUAUGAUGCGCCGGCGGUACUUCAACCCUUUUCGCAUCGCUUUCGCUCCCCUUUUGUCCCGCGACAAAUUGCAACGGUACCAUCGCGGGAUAACAAAGUGCAUUAAUGCUCGCGCGGCUGAUUAAAGGUUUUCAAUCCCACCGUUUCGUAACGGCGAUUCGUUCUUCCUGCAUUUCACGAGUGGAUGAAAGGCGGUCUCUUCUCCUCUUCCUCCUUCUCCUCGUUGUCGGUCAUUAAAGUCGAUCUCCGGUGAAAAGUUGCCGGAGUAUUGCCGCGCCCGGCAAGAGAACACGAAAAUGCAUACUGCACUCGCGGGACUCGAGGCUGUGCUCGAGCAUCGGAAAACGAACGUCUCGUAUUUCUUGUUUCACGGAAGGCGGCGUGGUAUUCCGCGGAAAAUGCGCAGUAAGUAUCCUCUCGCCUGUCUCUGAGGACCGGGAGAGCCCGGAAAUAUAUAUCGCUUAAGGGGGUACUGCGAAAUCGAAUGAAGAUACGCAGACAUCGCCGGCAAGUCUGCGCCGAUCGUCGUAACGCAUCGGAAACAAUCGAUAAGAGAGCAUUCUUGAGAGACGCAAGCUCACCCAGAUGCUUCUUUGAAUCUGAAUCGAGAUGCUGCGCCAGGAACAAUAAUAUUCUAUUAUAUGAUAACGUGGUUUCUCCAUUUUGCGCGGUAACCAGAAGCAAGGAAUCUCUUUUUCAAUUAGGUGAGAAUGAAUCAGUCAAGCAUCAUCGGAAUAUCCUUCGCAGAUAAAAUUCAUUGGAAGUACUUCAAAGGCUUCAUAAAAUUGAGAUAGCGACGUCUCGGUUCCUUAAGUCGAAAAUAGCGUGAGGUGUAUCGAGGCCGCGUUUUACGACGGUGCUUCUUUUUUCUAAUUUAGAUAAAUAGGCGUGAGAAUGUGCGCAUCACGCGGAUGCAGCUGAACGCAGCGUCGGGAAUCAGCCGCGUAAUUUCUGCUCGUGUUUGUCUCGGCUGUUUUUCGCCUUUCGAAGGCUGCGCGUUUAACGACUUCCCCGAUAAGAACGCGCUGAUGGAACAAUUUCGUAACGAGCGCCUUUGCGAAACGAAAACGGAUAUAAAGCGCAGUCUUGCACCUCGUAAGGCAUCGCAGUUCUCCAAGGAACAAACGCGCAAUCCGACAUGAGCCGACUUCUUCUUCUCGCGUUGUUAACGUACACCGUGCUGGCCAGCGAGUCAUGCAUCAUACAGGACAAGAAGGGCAAGUCCGACAUCCACGUGAUCGAGAUGGACGGCUCCAUGGAAUCUGGCGAACCGGAAAUCGUGGCUCUGCACUUGCCGGACAGACGAAGGCGGGAGGUCGAUAGCCAGGACAGGAAGAGCAACUGCAAAAAGGACGAGGAUUGCGGUCCAGGGGCGAUCUGUUUCGCGCAUCUCACCUGCGUGAAGGGAACAUGGCGUACCAUCGAGUCCCUGGACGCGAACGCUGCCAAUUAAAAUACGGAACGGCGGGAGAGAGACCGGCGUGCCUGUGCACGACGACAGAGUUGUAUGCCGAUAAAAUUUUUGUAGAGUUACCUCGACGGCCCCGCGAACAAUAAACGCGUACGCGCAUCAAUCGAGUGAUUGAUUUCCCAUCAUCGCCCAUAUCCAGCGGAUAUAUCUGUUUGCUUAUCUGUAUUUCGCGCGCCGAUGAAAUUUUCCCGUUGCGGCACCAUUCGUCCAUUGUAGGCGAGGUUCAAGCGGGGCGGUGGAGAGAAGAGUCAGUGGCAUGAAUAUAACAUAAACCCGAAAAUAUCGAGCAUUUAAUGGCGGCCCCCGGGCCGCAGCGUUACGCGCGCGCAGUAAAACGGUCAAGUUACAUUUUACACGCGGAUUCGGUACGUCAGCGGGAACCGGACGCACGAACCGUAACCGUAAAAGCUCUGGUCCCCGAAAACAAAAAAAAGAAGAAAAAGAAAAAAAGGCGAGAAGAAAGGAAGAAAAGAAAACACCACGCAGCACAGCCGUGGAAACAUGUGGCGCUCGUACGAUCGGGACUCAUUAACGGAAGGAGCCGUAGGAAUACGAGCGAGAGAACCCAUAAGGGUGGCGGGAGGGUUGGCCCACCUCGCCGUCGUAAAUCUAGCGGGAACAACCGCUCUCGCCUGCAAGCUCUGCCUGCAACCCCUCCGCCGCAACCGCAACCACCCCGUGAAGGACCGAAGCGCCGCGUGGCGCCGUUGAAAAACGCCUUACCGUGCAUUAGAUUUACACUCGAAAUCAAUUAGCUCCUAAUUGACACCGGUCUCGAGUCUGCGACGACGGGUAUCCGAGCUUCGUAUCGCUUUAUCGAUGAACUAUCGGAUACUGGCCGGAAGCCUCUCAUUAUCGGCAAAGAUCUCCAGCGUGGCAUUUUCUGUCGCGGUGCAAGCUGCAUCGACAUCGAGUGACGGCGUCAAAUGUUUAUAAAAUAUUGUAUCCAAUUGUAAAGUUAACCAUGUUUCUGAAGAAUAGCAAUAAAUAUUUAUCACGUUGCA